AUGGGCCUCUUCCGCCGCAAUAAACCCAACGACGACGGCUCGCCCAGCGACGCCCCCAAGAAGGAGAAGGGCAGCUGGCGCCGGCCUGCCAACACUGCGUUCAAGCAGCAGCGGCUCAAGGCCUGGCAGCCCAUCCUCACACCGAAGACCGUUCUGCCUACGCUCUUUCUUAUCGGUAUCAUAUUUGCGCCUAUAGGAGGGUUGCUGGUAUGGGGUAGUGGUUUGGUCAGUGAAAUGACCUUUGACUACACGCCGUGCGACGCAUUACCGGCAUCAACAUCGGCAGACGACCUCACCUGGCAUAACCUCACCACUUUCUCCUACCGCCUCAAGUCGUCCGCAUCGAAUGCCCCUUACAACGCCCCCCAGUUCGCCUUCCUCAAUCGCACGGACGACUCUACAGCCAACGACUCCGAGAAACUGCAGUGCUACGUCCAGUUCGACGUCCCCGUCGACCUCCAGGCGCCCGUCUUCCUCUACUACAAGCUCACGAACUUCUACCAGAACCACCGGCGAUACGUGAACAGCUAUGACUCCACCCAGCUCAAGGGGCAGUACGUGAAGCCAGGCACGCUCAACAACGGCGACUGCAGCCCGCUCGCGCAAGUGUGCCAGGGGGGCGACUGCAAGGCGGUCUACCCGUGCGGCCUGAUCGCGAACUCGCUAUACAACGACAGCUACUCCGGCCUAAACCUCACGACGGACGAGUCGACGACGUACGCCUUCUCCGAGUCGAACAUCGCGUGGCCGGGCGAGGCGAAGCGGUACGCGGAUACGCCGGGCUACAGCCUUGACCAGAUCGUCCCACCGCCGAACUGGGCGAAGCGCUUCCCGAACAACUACACGGAGGACAACCCGCCGCCGAACCUCAAGACGGACGAGCACUUCCAGAACUGGAUGCGCACCGCGGGCCUGCCGACGUUCACGAAGCUCUACGGCCGGAACGACAACACGGACCUCAAGAAGGGCCGCUACCAGAUCAUCGUCAACAUGAAUUACCCCGUCAAGGGGUUCGGAGGGACGAAGUCGAUUGUGAUCUCGACCGUAUCUUGGAUCGGAGGCAAGAACCCGUUCCUCGGAUGGGCGUACGUCGCGUCCGCAGGGCUGCUCGUCUUGCUCGCGAUCCUGGGUACGAUCCGGCAUUUGGCCCGACCAAGGAAACUAGGCGACAUGUCGCUGCUGUCAUGGAACCGGUGA